UUUGCCUGGUGGAAAGUCGGCGCGGCCCAGGAUGGGGGUCGGCGGGGGCUUGGUCCUGCCCUGGAGGUGCCUGGUGGUCCUGGGUCUCAGGCUGCUCUUCCUUGUGCCCGCAGGAGUGCCCGUCCGCAGCGGAGAUGCCACCUUCCCCAAGGCGAUGGAUAACGUGACCGUCAGGCAAGGGGAGAGCGCCAUCCUCAGGUGCCUUGUGGACAACCGGGUGACCCGCGUGGCCUGGCUCAAUCGCAGCAGCAUCCUUUUUGCGGGCAACGACAAGUGGUGCCUGGACCCCCGGGUGGAGCUGGUCACCAACACCCAGACCCAGUACGUCAUCCAGAUCAAGGACGUGGAUGUGUACGACGAGGGGCCCUACACUUGCUCUGUGCAAACAGACAAUCACCCCAAAACGUUGCGGGUCCACCUCAUCGUGCAAGUUCCUCCCAAAAUUGUCGAGAUCUCUUCAGACAUCUCCAUCAACGAAGGUGGCAACAUCAGCCUCACCUGCAUAGCUAGCGGCAGGCCGGACCCCAUGAUCACCUGGAGACACAUUUCGCCCAAAGCCAUGGGAUUCUUGAGCGAAGACGAAUACCUGGAGAUCACCGGCAUCACCCGGGAGCAGUCGGGAGCCUACGAGUGCAGCGCCUCCAACGAUGUGUCGCCUCCCGUUGUGCGAAGAGUCAAUGUCACUGUGAACUACGCACCAUACAUCUCAGGAGCCAAGAGCACCGGGGUUCCAGUGGGACAGAAGGGAAUCCUCCAAUGUGAUGCCUCUGCAGUUCCAUCAGCCCAGUUCCAGUGGUAUAAAGACGAUAAAAGGCUCAUUGAAGGGCAGAAAGGUUUGAAAGUGGAAAACAAAGCUUUCUUCUCUCGCCUGACUUUCUUCAAUGUUUCGGAACAAGACUAUGGGAAUUACACUUGCGUUGCCUACAACCAGUUAGGGAACACUAACGCCAGCAUCAUUCUGUACGAAAUAAGUGAGCCCACAAGCUCAACCUUGUUCCAAGAAGAAACAACCGCACUCCAGACAACUUUGCAAGGACCUGGAGCAGUGCAUGAUGGGAACAGUAGUGGAUCCAGAAGAGCUGGCUGCGUUUGGCUGCUUUCCGUCCUUCUGUUUCACCUGCUGCUCAAGUUUUGACCCUGUCAACCGUGGUGAAAGGAAGAAGAAAGAAAAAAAAGAAAGAAAGAAAAAGAAGAAUAUUAAAAUUUUAAAAAAAUAAUCAUAAUAGUAAAGAGAGUAUAUUAUGAGGAAAUCUGGGAGGGAAAGAAAGGGAGUUUGAAAACACAAGAAGAGUCUAAAUUGUCCUGCUGAUGUUUGAACACGACUGAGUGUUUUUAUUUUCUUUCCUUCU